AUGUACUCGCCUAUUAAGGGUCGCAUGGUUCAAGCAGCUUUCGUUGAUGCUUGCUAUGGCACAGUCUUCACCAAGGAGUUUAGAACAAUAAAAUUGAGAGAUAAAGACGGGAAGAUCCUGCCUUUUGUUAUCAGUGACAUCAUGGGAUUGGAAGAUGCAGAGGCAGCUGGGGCUCGUACUGAUGACCUUGUGCUGGCUUUGGAGGGUCAUCUCAAAGAUGGAUACUCUUUUAACCCUGAAGGCUCUCUGCAAAAAGAGGACGCAUUCUACAACAGUUGCCCGACCCUGAACGAUAAAGUCCACUGCCUGGUCAGUGUCUUACCUGGAGACAAAAUUGGCGUGAUGAAUGGUGACCAGGUCCAUACUGUCAUCCAAAAACUCCGGGAAAUCAGACUGAAAGCCACUGCACUGAAAAUCCCUCAAGUUAUUUUGAUGACAAUGGUGGAUAAAGCCUGUCCUGAAGUCAACAAAGACCUGAAAAUGAUCUACAGGAGCAAGAAGAUCAAAGAAAAGAUGCUGUUGUGCGAGAACAAGCUGGGUGUCCCCAUGAACUUCAUUUACCCGGUGAAGAACUACCAUGAGGAGGGGGAGCUGAGCAACGAUGUAGACACUCUGCUUCUCUAUGCUCUCAAGAACAUCCUCCAAUUUGCCAACGACCAUGUGGAAUAUCACAUGGACAACUGA